CUCCUCUGUGUUUAUGGAAGUGGUUCAUAUGUAUUGUGUUACACGUGGGGCUUCACGAUUUAACUCGCGUUACUUAUCAACCGCGGUAAAGCUCGCCCGACUUCUUCCGACAUCAAUCACGAUGCCUGCACGGCUCUCAGUCUGCCCGCCUCCCCUCGCCUUGGCUGGGGCACACAUAAAUCGAGUCCCCGGCUUUUAGGCCGCAGCGGUGACUGGAGCCACAUUUCUUCCAGCUGUGCAGUAAUAGUGAGGGGUAAUUAUUAUUCACAUAUCACAGGCACUCAGUGCAAGCACUUGCUGAGGAGCUCUGGAGAAUAUUUACAAUGGAAUUGUUGCUGAGGAGAACCACUUUGCUCUUACGCCCAUGGAAAAUAAGAGCUUGGAGAUGCCACAAAAGCACCUUGGUGUCACCGUUACAAUCAGAAUCCCCUGAUCCAAAAACACAGCAGAGGCGCAUGAAUCCGUUGAAUAUACAGAUGCUUUCUAAAGGGUUACAUGAGCAGAUAUUUAGGGGUAAGCAAUACGAGUAUUGUGAAGAAAAUAUUCAAAAGGGCAUAAACCACUUGAAGACCCAUGACCUUUGGGGCCAAGGAACCUCUACUGUCAAUGAUGUAGAACUAAAACUGCCCACCAUGUAUGGAAACAAUAUUGAGGAGCACUUUCAGAUUUUGGCUCAGAAGCAAAGUUUUCCAUACUUGGAGGCAGCUAAUGAACUUUUGCAGUGUCAAAUACCAGACAUGCCAACUGAGUGGGCCUGGCAAGCUGGAUGGACCAAGUAUACAACAGAUGGACGGAGAGAGUUGGUGGACUUCCCAGAUGAAAGAGCAUUGGUCUUUGAUGUGGAAAUUUGCAUGUCUGAGGGUCAGUGUCCAACGCUGGCUGUAGCUGUUUCUCCUCAGUGUUGGUACUCUUGGUGCAGCAGAAGGUUAAUAGAGGAUCGAUACACAUGGUCUAACCAGCUUUCUCUGUCAGAUCUCAUCCCUCUGGAGACAUCAACAAAUGCCAACUGCAGUGUCAAACAUAACUGGACGGAGAGGCUGGUUGUAGGACACAAUGUCAGCUUUGAUCGCGCACAUAUUAAAGAACAAUAUCUUAUCAAAGGCUCAAAAAUGCGUUUUAUGGAUACUAUGAGCAUGCACAUGACCAUAUCUGGCCUAACUGGUUUUCAGCGGAGUCUGUGGAUGGCCAGUAAAUAUGGUAAAAAGAGGGGAGUACAGGAGGUAAAGCAACAUAUCCAGAAAAAUCAGAGGAAGUCUGAUGGCCCUGCAAUCAGUUCCUGGGAAUGGGUAAAUAUUAGCAGCAUUAACAACCUUGCUGAUGUUCAUGCCCUUUAUGUUGGUGGUCCACCACUGGAGAAGGAGGCCCGGAAUCUUUUUGUGAAGGGAAGCAUAAAAGAUAUUCGAUUAGAGUUCCAGGAACUCAUGAAAUACUGUGCCCUUGAUGUCAAAGCAACACAUGAGGUGUUUCUGGAAGUGUUCCCCUUAUUUAUGGAGAGGUGCCCUCAUCCCGUGACCUUAGCAGGGAUGUUAGAAAUGGGUGUUUCCUAUUUACCUGUUAAUCAGAACUGGGAGCGAUAUUUGGAUGAAGCCCAGAGCACCUAUGAAGAGCUCCAGAAAGAAAUGAAGAAGUCCUUAAUGAACUUAGCCAAUGAUGCCUGCCAGUUUCUUAAUGCAGAUGCAUACAAAGAAGAUCCAUGGCUUUGGGAUUUGGAGUGGGACACUCAAGAAUUCAAGCAGAAGAAAACAAAAGUCAGUAAAAAGCAAAAAGAAGCACAAGAAGGUUUAGAAAUUGCAUUAGGAAAUAAUCUCCUAUCAGAUCUACAUGAAGAUCCUGGACCACCUACUGAAGAACAGGAGUCCCAGCCUCCAAUCAGUAAGAUGUACUUAGAAAAUCUCAAAAACAAGACUUUACCUUCCUUACCAAAAAGAACGCAGCACUUGCCUGGUCAUCCGGGAUGGUACCGUAAACUUUGCCCUAAACUGGAUGAUCCUGAAUGGGUGCCAGGUCCAGGACUUAUUAGCCUUCAAAUGAGGUUAACACCUAAGUUAAUGCGUUUGACGUGGGAUGGCUACCCUCUGUACUACUCAGAAAAAUAUGGCUGGGGUUAUCUUGUUCCUGGAAGGAAGGACAACCUUUUGGCCAGUCCAGAAGAUGAAGAGGCUAUUCCGUGUCCUUACAGAGUUAUUGAAACCGUUUGCAUGGAAUACAAUAAAGGUAAAGAGAAUAUGAACUUGUCACAGGAGGCCUCCCUACAGGAUGAUUUUAUGCUGACAGAAGACCAGACCAUCUGGCAAAAGGUGGAGGAAUUAAGUCGAAUAGAAAUGGACCUUGCCUCUGAAGCAUCAACAACCAGCACAGUGAGGAAAAGAAACAACACUAUAUCAAAGCUACCUGGUGAAGUAGUUUCAGAGAUCGAAGACUCACCUGCUAAUCACCAUGGAAAUGGACCAUGUAAUGACGUCAAUGUAUCAGGCUGCUGGUUCUACAGACUGCCGCACAAAGAUGGCAUCACAAAUAACGUUGGCAGUCCUUUUGCAAAGGAUUUUCUUCCAAAGAUGGAAGAUGGCACCUUGCAGGCUUAUACUGGGGACACCAGCGCAACACGGGCUCUAGAAAUUAAUAAGAUGAUAUCAUUCUGGAGAAACGCUCACAAACGCGUAAGCUCCCAGAAAGUAGUAUGGCUGAAAAAGGGAGAGCUGCCGCGGAAUAUUAUCAGGAACCCUGAAUUUGAUGAAGACAAUAAGUAUGGAGCCAUCCUGCCUCAGGUGGUCACAGCUGGAACAAUCACACGCCGAGCUGUGGAGCCCACAUGGCUAACGGCCAGCAAUGCACGUACGGACCGUGUGGGCAGUGAAUUAAAAGCUAUGGUCCAGGUACCUCCUGGUUAUCAUAUGAUCGGAGCGGAUGUAGAUUCCCAGGAGCUGUGGAUAGCGGCGAUCCUUGGAGAGGCUCACUUUGCAGGACUUCAUGGUUGCACAGCUUUUGGUUGGAUGACACUGCAGGGCAAGAAGAGCAGUGGUACUGACCUGCACAGCAAGACUGCCUCCACUGUUGGAAUAAGUCGGGAGCAUGCAAAAGUAUUCAAUUAUGGUCGUAUUUAUGGUGCUGGGCAGGCUUUUGCAGAGCGCUUGUUAAUGCAGUUUAAUCAUCGUCUUACUCAAGAACAGGCAGCAGAAAAAGCAAAGCAGAUGUAUGCAGUGACAAAAGGAAUACGAAGGUACGUUCUGUCUGAAGAAGGAGAAUGGCUGGUGGAAGAGCUUGGAAUUAAAGUCUAUAGAGGAGAGGAGAAUUCUGUGAGCUUGCAGGAUGUGCGCAAAAUACAAAGAGAGGCAUCAAUGAAGUCUAGAAGGAAGUGGGACUUAGUAAAGCGGAAGAUAUGGACUGGGGGUACAGAAUCUGAAAUGUUUAAUAAGCUGGAGAGCAUUGCUAUGAGUUCUUCCCCCAGGACACCUGUCCUUGGAUGCUAUAUAAGCAGAGCAUUAGAACCGUCCGCUGUAAAAGGAGAGUUUAUAACAAGCAGAGUGAACUGGGCCGUACAGAGCUCGGCUGUUGAUUACUUGCAUUUGAUGCUGGUUGCCAUGAAGUGGCUUUUCGAGGAGUAUGACAUUGAUGGACGUUUCUGCAUCAGUAUCCAUGAUGAGGUGCGUUACCUGGUGCAGAGUGAAGACCGUUACCGAGGAGCAUUGGCUUUGCAGAUAACAAACCUUUUAACGAGGUGUAUGUUUGCUUAUAAACUGGGCAUGCAGGAUUUGCCACAAUCUGUGGCUUUUUUCAGUGCGGUAGACAUUGAUCAGUGUUUGAGAAAGGAAGUCUCCAUGGAUUGUGUUACUCCUUCAAAUCCGAGUGGCAUUGAAAAGCGAUAUGGAAUUCCCCAAGGUGAAGCAUUGGAUAUCUAUAAGAUAAUUAAAAUAACCAAGGGUAUACUGUCAAAAGGGUAACAAAACAAGAUCUUGAAGCCUGGAUCAUUCUUGACUCCCAUGGAGUUGUCCAUCCAUCAAAACCGGUCAAAGCCAUUAAGA